AUGGCCAACUACUCUUUCAGGAGGCAGCCGGAUGAUCUUGAAAACGCCACCUCCUACACUUCCAUCCCCGACCAACCCGAAGCCGCCUCCUCCAUUCCGGUGGGUCACCGGAGAUCCAAGAAACUUCUCGCCGGCAUUCUCUUUUCAUCUGUAUUCUUACUCUCCUUAAUUCUUCUGUAUGUUAACCAACAACCCGAAUCCCAAACCAAAGUCAAUGGCACCAACCAAGGAAAAUCUUCAACUCCCAAACCGAUAACGCCGGCAGCUCGAACUGCUCCGCCUUCAAGAGGGGUGUCUCAGGGUGUGUCGGAGAAGACUUUCCGGCUAACCAGCGGUGAAAAUGCAACCUACUCGUGGACCAAUGCUAUGCUGUCUUGGCAACGAACGGCUUACCAUUUUCAACCAGAACAUAAUUGGAUGAACGAUCCAAAUGGUCCAUUAUUUCACAAGGGAUGGUACCAUUUGUUCUAUCAAUACAAUCCAGAUUCAGCUGUAUGGGGAACUAUCACAUGGGGCCAUGCAGUAUCAAAGGAUCUUAUUCACUGGCUCUACUUACCAUUUGCAAUGGUCCCUGAUCACUGGUAUGAUAUCAAAGGAGUCUGGACCGGGUCAGCCACAAUUCUUCCUGACGGUCAGAUUGUCAUGCUUUACACUGGAGAUACAUAUGAUGUUGUACAGGUGCAGUGUUUAGCUUAUCCCGCCAACCUAUCUGAUCCUCUCCUGCUUGAUUGGGUCAAGUAUUCGGGUAAUCCGGUUCUGGUCCCCCCACCUGGUAUCGGACCAAAGGACUUUAGAGACCCGACUACAGCUUGGCUUAGCCCGGAUGGUGAUAAAUGGCGGAUUACGAUUGGAUCCAAGCUUAAUAAAACGGGUAUUUCUCUUGUGUAUGAAACGGUAGAUUUUAAAACUUACGAUAUGUUAGAUGGGUAUAUGCAUGCAGUUCCGGGUACGGGUAUGUGGGAGUGUGUGGACUUUUACCCGGUUUCGAUAAAAGAGGUAAACGGUUUGGACACGUCGGUAAAUGGGCCGAGUGUUAAGCAUGUGCUGAAAGCAAGUUUGGAUGAUGACAAGAAUGAUUAUUAUGCGCUUGGGGUCUAUGAUCCAAUUGAGAAUAAGUGGAUACCAGAUGACCCGGAAUUGGAUGUGGGUAUCGGGUUAAGAUAUGAUUAUGGUAAAUUUUAUGCUUCAAAGACAUUUUAUGAUCAGAAUAAGCAAAGGAGAAUUUUGUGGGGUUGGAUUAGAGAAACUGAUAGUGAAGAUGAUGACAUUUUGAAAGGAUGGGCAAGUGUUCAGUCGAUUCCGAGGACCGUCGUGUUCGAUCAAAAGACAGGUAGUAAUAUACUUCAAUGGCCAGUGAGCGAAGUGGAAGAAUUGAGAUCAGAAAGUGUUGAAUUUGGAAAUGUGAAGCUUGGACCGGGAUCCAUUUUUCCUCUUAAAGUUGACACACCUUCUCAGUUGGACAUAGUUGCCUCAUUUGAAAUCGACGAGGAUGCAUUUGAAGGAACGGUUGAAGUUGAUGCUGAUGCUAGUUACAGUUGCCCUACAAGUGGUGGUGCAGCUAAUAGGGGGAAGUUGGGACCUUUUGGUGUUAUUGUUCUUGGUGAUAAAACUCUAUCAGAGGGAACCCCUAUCUACUUCUACAUUACCAAAGGGGCCAAUGGAAAGGCCGAAACUCAUUUUUGUGCAGAUGAAUUGAGAUCGUCUUUGGCUCCUGAUGUUGAAAAAGUAGUCUAUGGGAGCAAAGUCCCUGUCCUUGAUGGUGAAAAAUACUCCCUGAGAUCACUGGUCGACCACUCUAUAGUUGAGAGCUUUGCUCAAGGAGGCAGAACAGUUAUAACGUCGCGAGUUUAUCCGACAAAGGCUGUUGACGGAGCAGCACGAGUUUAUUUGUUUAACAAUGCUACUAAAGUGAGUGUCACAGCAUCUGUGAAGAUGUGGAACAUGGGUACUGCUGAUAUUCGUACCUUCCCCUUAAAUGAGUUGUGA